GGCUCAGGCUGCUCUGUUUGAAUGGGAUGAUCCUGUGCGUGUCUGACGUCCUGGGAGAGUUCCAGGAGCUGCGGAUGAAUUCCGCACGAAGGCGCUGAGGCUCCAGUCAGACUGACGCCGCGGCGCUCGCUCCAUCCAAACACACGCGCUGUACACCUCCAAUCGGCGCGAGUCUCUUUCGCGGAAUUACCCCACUACGUGGAUUGUUAUUCGACUCGUCACAUUAAGAUUACACGGCUGGCUGCCCGACGAAAAAAUCACCAUCAGGGGGUUUAUUCUAUACCCGCCUGCAUCUUGGCUGUAAAGACAUAAACUGAAGCUCCUAGGUUGGAGUGAUUUAAAACAGAUUUGCCACAAACCUUGAGAAAAAUCCAUUACAAGAUGCACUCCACUACAUCCAUCACGUCCCUCUUCUCCUUCACCAGUCCAGCUGUGAAAAGGCUGCUGGGCUGGAAACAAGGAGAUGAGGAGGAAAAGUGGGCGGAAAAGGCUGUAGAUUCCCUCGUAAAGAAGCUCAAGAAGAAAAAAGGGGCCAUGGAAGAGCUGGAAAAGGCUCUGAGCUGUCCUGGCCAGCCCAGUAAAUGCGUUACCAUUCCUCGGUCCCUGGACGGAAGGCUCCAGGUGUCCCAUCGUAAAGGUCUGCCACAUGUUAUCUACUGCAGAGUGUGGCGCUGGCCGGAUCUUCAGUCCCACCACGAGCUCAAAGCCCUGGACUGCUGCGAGUUUCCUUUCGGCUCUAAGCAAAAGGAAAUCUGUAUCAAUCCAUAUCAUUACCGCCGUGUGGAGACGCCAGUUCUGCCCCCAGUUCUUGUGCCACGUCACAGUGAGUUCAAUCCCCAGCACAGCUUAUUGGCAAAGUUCCGAAAUGCUUCCCUGCACAAUGAGUCUCUCAUGCCCCAGAAUGCCACUUACCCCGACUCCUUCCCAUCAAUACCCUGUAGCUCAUUCUCUUCAUCGCCAUCCAGCUCUUUAAACCAGUCCCCGACAGCGCACAGCUACCCCAACUCCCCCAGCAGUGGGACGGACCCUGGGAGCCCCUACCAAAUUACAGCAGAGACACCUCCACCACCCUACAGUAUGAUGGAGACCUCUCCACCUGAGGAUGUGAAACCAGGGGAGUCCUCCAACGCUAAUAAACUCAUUCUGUCAGCCCCUCAUAGAGACUUGAGGCCGGUGUGUUAUGAGGAACCAGAAUACUGGUGUUCAGUGGCGUAUUAUGAACUAAACAACAGGGUUGGCGAGACGUUCCAUGCCUCUUCCAGAAGCAUCCUCGUGGACGGCUUCACAGACCCCUCAAACAACAAGAACCGCUUCUGCCUCGGAUUACUGUCCAACGUCAACCGAAACUCCACCAUUGAAAACACUCGCAGACACAUAGGCAAAGGUGUGCACUUGUAUUACGUCGGAGGAGAGGUGUACGCAGAGUGUCUGAGUGACAGCAGUAUUUUCGUACAGAGUCGGAACUGUAACUACCAGCACGGUUUCCAUCCCACCACCGUCUGCAAGAUCCCGAGUGGAUGCAGCCUGAAGAUCUUCAACAACCAGCUGUUUGCCCAGCUGCUGUCACAGUCUGUCAAUCAUGGCUUCGAGGUGGUGUAUGAACUUACCAAGAUGUGCACCAUCAGGAUGAGCUUUGUCAAGGGCUGGGGAGCCGAGUACCACCGUCAGGAUGUCACCAGCACCCCCUGCUGGAUAGAAAUCCACCUGCAUGGGCCGCUGCAGUGGCUAGACAAAGUUCUGACCCAGAUGGGCUCCCCACACAAUCCUAUUUCCUCUGUGUCCUAAUGCAUUACAGAGCAAGGGGAUUAUAGUUCUCAAAUAGACUUUUAUGGUGCCCCAAGACACAUAAUGCUCUUUCUCUUGUGAAAAUGUCUUUUCAGUGGAUGUUUAUGGUACUGCAUAUAUGUACAAUAUCAUGCUGUUAAGCAAGCAGUGGUUGGAUAAGUGUUGCAAUGAUUUUAAUAAAUAAAAAACACUACUACUUCACAGUAUGUAGUAGCUGAGAUCAAUUCAGAAAGAAACUCUCUAAUAGGAAGCCAAAGAAAAGUGUUAGGCAGGUACUUGUUCUGGAAAUGGUUUAUUUGUGUCAUAUUUUGGCUAAUAUGUGUCUUCUAUAACAUUUCAUGUUGUUUUGUAUUUGCGUUAGCUUUCUUGUUCUUGUAAUACAAAAAACUCCCUUCUAUUUCUGCCUGCUUAUUGUAUGGCCUGAAAAAACCUUUAGUAUUAAUGCUUGUAAAGCUGAAAACUGCACAAGAUCAAUAAAACGUCAUUGGAA